CUAGUUUUGCAGCGCAACCCUUUUACUACUCUAAUUUUACAAAAUGUUCCCAUUCUUUUUACCUACUUUUACUCCCGUUACCAUCUUCUUCUUCCGCGAAUCUCUGAAAUGGAAUUCUUAACUGCCGACGGCCGGUUACCGGACGGCGUCGUUUCUCUGCCAGAUCAUUUCUCCCCUUUCCCCGAACCCACGGUUGAGCUCUUCGUCAAUGCAACGACUUCUACCCCAAUUUUUGCUCCCUGCAAAAGGCGCCGUUCCGUGCGGUCCAGACCCGGCCGCAACACAACGAUUUUCCCGGACAAAAUCUGUGCUGAUGAAGACGCUCGGCUUAGCUAUAAUGCCGGAGAUUUAGGGCUUAUUGUUCAGACGCCAAUCAACGAAGGGGAGAAAACAAGUGAACGUCCAGCCGUUGUGAUGCCAGGAAGUGGCAUAGGCUAUUCGGAUACAGAUAUUCCUAUAGAGAUGCAAUUAAAGUCUGAGAUCGAUGCUCAAUUUACGAAUAUCAUAUCGCAAGCGCGAGUUAUGGAGGCCGAGUUAAGCUUUUCUUCCGAUGGCAAUGACUCAUCUGUGGUAGAAAAAGAAACUUUCAGCAGAAGAGGAGAGAGCACCAGACAGAAGUUUGCUUUGUUUGUAGAGGACAUGGUGAUGAAAGUGAUGAACAGGCAGGAUCAAAUGCAUGCACAAUUGAUAGAAGUGAUGGAGAAAAAAGAACAAGAGAGAAUCCAGAGGGAAGAAUAUUGGAGGAAGCAAGAAAUCGAAAGAGCAAAGAAGAUGACCGAAUUAAGGUCUCAAGAAAUCUCAAGAAGCCUGACCCUACUUUCAUUCCUUAAGAAUCUGUUGGGCGAAGAGAUUCAAGUUCCAUCAUCUCAAUUAGCAUUCACAGAAAAAGAUGAACUUCUUCAUGGUCAAGAAACACAGCAAGAUCCAAGCAAUAGGAGAUGGCCAAAAUCAGAAGUGCAGGCCCUGAUAACAGUUAGGUUAUCCUUGGAUGACAAGUUUAAGAAUGGGCCUAAGGGAUCCAUAUGGGAAGAGGUAACAGCUCGAAUGGCCACCAUGGGUUACCCACGGACUCCAAGCAAGUGCAAAGAGAAAUGGAAAAAUAUAAACAAGUACUAUAAGAGGAUGACCAAGACCGAGGGGAAUAGCCCAAAGCCUUACAAAUCAUGCUCAUAUUUCCGUGAACUGGACAUACUUUAUAGUAAAGGACCCAACCCACCAGCAUCUCAAAAUGACAUUGACGAUGUUAAAGAGAUCACACUAGAAUGUGUAAUGGAUACUGGGUAGCUUUCACAUGCUCUCUUUGCUCAUCCUAUCAAUGCCAAUUAAGCUUAAAUUUGAGUUAUGUGGGCCAUUUUAGCUUUGUUUAAUGUAGAGCAGCACAUUAUGUUUUUAAAACUGCCUGGUAGUGCUUUGCUGAUCCUGUCAAUGCUAAUUAAGGUCAAAUUUGAGUUAUGUGGGCCAUAUUAGCUUGUUUGAUGUAGUGCAGCCCAUUGUGUUUUAAAUCUGUUUGAUAGUGCUUUGUCUAACUAAUUAGUUGUCAGGAUGAGGUGGUUUAUCUGGAUGAGGGAGUCCAAAUCCAAUGUUCCAAAUGCUUUGUUGAUGAUGUAAAAAUAUCAGAUUCUCUUACCCCUGGCUUUUUGCGAUCCUGCUGAAUUUAUUUUGCAAGUGGUUUCUAAGAUUUAUUUUCAUUCGUAAA